AUGAGCGGCAACAAUCCCAGCGGCAGCAGUGGUAGCAGUGCCAACAUGCGUGACGCGAUGCACUACGGCGAAAUGAUGGAAGCGGACAAUGCAGGCGGGGUGAAGGGCACGGCGGCACCCAGCAGUUACAUGAACCAAGUGAACAGCGGUAAGAACCUGCCCUGUGCUGCUGCUCCCCCCCCUUCUUCCUACAUAAACAAUGCCAGCAGCGUUAGUAUGGGGAAGGGCAGCCACUUCAAUCCCAUGCCCGGUGGUGGCGACGCGACGAUAAGUAUAACGAGCAGCCUGUUAAGCAGCAACGAGCAGAAUUUGCAGAUGAGGCAGCAGAUGGGAAUGAAUAAGAAUUGCGGCGCUGCUUCUGCCUCUGCGGGUGCGCCCAACUCUGGUGGCAGUGCAUCCGGAGCGGGAGCGGGGCUGCACGACGCGUAUCAGAAGCCCAUGUUAUCUUCCUACAAUAUGAAUAACAUGCAAGUACAGUCAAGCAUGGGAGGUCACCACAUGGUUGGUGCCACACAAGCAGGUGGGAGUGGCGCCAAUCAGAUAGGCAGUAGAUACAACAAUAUGAAUUAUCCCAUGCAGGAUAUGAACCCAAGUGUUCAUAUGAACAGUGGAAAGGGUCCCCAUACGAAUAGCGAAAUGAAGGCUAAUAAUAAGGAUCCCAAUUUUAUGGGUUCAAAUAAUAUGAAACCGAACACCUUUGUGAACAAUAUGUAUUAUCAGAGGAAUGAUAUGAUGUUAAGGAACAGCUCCAAUAGCUACAAUAUGCAUGGGAACUUUUAUGGGUAUAUGAAUAAUGGGUUUUAUGGUGGCCCCGCGGCUCCCUCCAACUGUUUUAAGCCGAAUGCCAACAUGAUGAGCGCAGGUAACGGGGCGAGCAACAGCAGUGGUAGUAGCAGUGGUGCUGCGGGUAGCGGCACCGGUGCGAACUACGCAGGUGGUUUGAACGCGGCCAGUCAUGGGGAGGGGGGCGCCCUGAGCGGCAAGCUGGGCGGCAAGGGCCCCUCGGGCGUCGUCGAUAAGUCGGCCUCGUUAAAAUCCAUUCAGGGGAGUAACGCCAGCAGUGGGGGGAGUGCUGGCGGUGCUAGCGGUGCCAGCGGUGUUAGCGGUGGUGUUAAUGCGAGUCAGUUAAACGUGGGAAGUAGGGCUCCCAAUGGAGGCGGCGCGAGCGCCGUUGGAGGAAGUAACAGCAGCAGCGGUGGGAACAACCCCGGCGCGAAGGGCAUGAACAAGGGGGGAGCCGGCGGUGGAGGAGCUGGGCCAACCGGCGUGGACUCCGCGGGGAUGCCAAACAGUGUUAUGAUGAAUAUGGUCAACAACAAGGUGAUGAAUAGCAUGAUGAUGGGUGGUGGUGCUGCCGGUUCUGGGGGGGCGAAGAAUGCCAUUGGAGCAGGAGGUCUCCCGGGUAUGAACAUGAGCGGCAUGAGUAUGAGCGGUAUGAACAUGGGAGGAAUGAGCAUGGGCGGCAUGAGUAUGAGCGGAAUGAACAUGGGCAGUAUGAACAUGCCCGGCAUGCACAGCAAAGGAAUGAACGGCAUGCCGGCCCACCGACCCAACAGCGCGAUGGAGAAAGGCAAUUCCCUGGGUGAUGUAAACAACAUGAGGUACCACCACUCCAUGGGUGGAGCAGGAGGAGGGGGAGGAGGCGCUAACGUGUAUAAUAAAAUGGGCUUCAACAAUUUAAGUGAUUACCCGUAUGAUAAUUAUGCUGUCAGUCACAUGUCCGCUAAGGGAGAGUGUGGCCCGAUGGGCAAAGAAGGUAAAGGUGCCCUGGGAGGAAAGAAUGCCAACAAGCAGGGAAAGGGUGGCAAGAAUAUAAAGGAUGAACUGCUUGAGAAGGAUGGCAGCACCAUGGGCAUGAUGAACAGCGGGUCCCUGCUGAGUGAUGGAAAAGGAAAAGCCACCGGUGGGGGAAUAUCCACUAGGAAAGGGAAAUCAUCUGCGGGGGCGGCGGGCGGAGUAGCCACCGCCUCGAUGGAGCAGUUCAAUGGUAGCGGAAUGAUGAGCAGUGAUCAGCAGUCGGCGGGGGUGUAUAAGAAGUACAGCAAGAGUGGAGACAACCAAGGGGAGGCGAAGGAUAAAAAAAUGGUCAGCGGUAGCAACAGCGGCAGUGUUGUUGGAGGAGGAGAAACGCCCAUGAGCGGUGGAGGGGCAAGUCACCCCUACAGCAUGUUCCCAAACUAUAAUAUAAAGUACCCAAUGAAUGUGGAGAUGUUUGGCGGCAUGGGGACCACCCCGUAUGGCAUGCAGAGCAAGGCAGGAGGUGCUUACCCUAACAUGAAUAUGAUGAAUGGGGUGAGUGGCACCAGUGGGGUUAACGAAAUGGCAGGCAGUGCCGGAAGUGGUAGCGCUGCGACCGGGAGUACCUACGGAGGGUUAAACAAACUGGGCAACAUGAGCAGCUACAACAUGAUGGGCGCGUAUGGAGACAACCGGUACAGCAACUUGAAGUCGAUGGAUGCGAUGAAGCCGUUCAACGAGGGGAUGGUUAUGGGCGCAGGGGGCGCGGCCCACCACGGGGGCAGCAGCCUUGGCGGCAUGAUGGGCAUGGCGGGGAUGGGCGGCGUGGCUAACUACAACGUGGGCAACGUGGGCAGCCUGAACAGCAUGAACAGCAUGAACAGCUUGAACAGCAUGAACAGCUACGUGCACAGCCGGAACUACCCGAGCGACAUGAACAUGCGGAUGCUCAGCGGGAGAGGCGUGAUGGGGGCGAACAACCCCGCCAACAUGUGCAACAGCCAGAGCGGCAUGAUGAUGAUGGGCGCGGGAGGCGUCGGUGCCCCCGGAGCGGCGGGAGCUGCGGGAGCGGUGGGGGCGGCUGGAGUGGGCAUGCGCGCCAACGCCAGUGGGGAUCCCCGAUUUAAGAAUGAAGAGGCGGACGAGGAGGAAUACGAAGAGGGGUACGAAGACGAGGAUGUGCAUGGUGGGGGGUCGGCCCUCUAUGGAGGAAGUAGUAAAUACGUGAGGAAGAAUGCACACGCGAAGCAAACGAACAAAACGAGGAAGUCAGAAGCGCAAAAGAAAGAUAAAAAGAAGAAGAAAAAGAAGAAGCACGCAAAUAAUAACUCCCUAGACACAGAUGAGGAUGAAGACGACAAUGACUUGUACGUCAACACGUAUGUGAAGAAGAGCCACACGAAGAGCGGCAGUAAGAAGACCCAACUGUAUGAUCCGCUGGAGGACCUCUAUAACAACGAAAGGGCAAAGCGAAAUGAGAAAAAUGACAUUUUCGUUUCCCCGCAUAUUGGCGCAGUGGAAGGAAGAACCAACCUGAGGGAGAGGAGGAAGGUGAACAACUACGCGCAGAUGGACAGCUACUUCGAGACGGAUGAGGAGGACAAAAAGGUGGACGAGGAGAAGAUGCUGCUCAGGCAGGAGAAGCAGAUCAUGGGGGGCAUCGACCGCGUGCUGCACCACAGGAGGAUCCUCGACUAUGAAAAUGUGAACAACAUAGGGAACAACCCCUUUUUGUACAUCAACAAGGGGGGGGCCUCGCCCGGUGAGGGGGCACUUCCUGCCGAUGGAGCCGCUGGGGAGGGAGCACAACCCGGUGAGGGAACCGCCGGGGCGAACGCGCAGGAGGACCCCACGAUGGACGACUUCUACGAAGAGGAGGACAUCGAGGACGUGAGCCAAGUGGAGUUCCUAAUCAAGUGGAUCGGCAAGUCCCACAUCCACAACUUCUUCUGCACGUACGAUUAUUUGAAGCACUUUAAUGGGCUAAAAAAGGUCGACAAUUAUAUUAAGAAAAUCAAGCAGUCCUUUCAGAAGAGGAAGUACAUGACGGCGGACGAAAUCGAGCAGGAGAAAAUUUACUCGGAGAUUAAGAAGCAGAUUGAGAUGGAUGCCAUUCACGCGGAGAGGAUAGUAACCCAUAGGGUGUGCGAAGUGACUGGGGAGCAGUUAUUCCUCGUCAAGUGGAUGAGCUGUGCGUAUGACCAGUGUACGGAGGAGACCAAGCAGACUCUAGUGGACCAUGGGUUUACAAAACUUAUUGAAGAGUACUUUGAUAGGGAGAGUAAAAUUUGCGGAGUGAAGGCCAUUUCCAGUGCUUGGAAUAGGGGUCCCCUAACAGCUACGAAGUUUGACCCGUAUAAUGAGACGCCCUUUUACCUGAACGGGAAGAAGUUGAGGGCGUACCAGCUGACGGGUCUCAACUGGAUGGUCAGCAGGAUGAAAAGGAGCCUAAGUGUGUUGUUAGCGGACGAGAUGGGGUUAGGCAAAACGGUGCAGACCAUUGCCGUGGUGGGUCACAUGCUCUAUAAGGAGAAGCUAAUUGGACCGUACCUCGUAAUAGUGCCGCAGUCGACGGUAGAUAAUUGGCUGAAUGAGUUUAAGAGCUGGCUCCCCCAAGCGAACGUCGUGUGUUACCACGGGAACGCCGUCAGCAGGGAGCUCAUACGGACCCACGAGUUGAAGAAGGUAUACGUGCAGAACAAAGGCUACAGGUACAAAUUUGACGUGUGCAUCACCACUCCAUCCAUUUUGAACAGCUUGAGCGACGUGGAGUUGCUGAAGAAGAUGCCCUGGCAGCUGAUGGUGGUGGAUGAGGCCCACCAGUUGAAGAACCGACAGUCGAAGAGGUUCAUCGAGUUGAAGCAGUUCAUGGCCGAGUCGAAGCUGCUGCUGAGUGGAACCCCCCUGCACAACAACUUGGAGGAGCUGUGGACCCUUCUGCACUUCCUCAACCCGCAGCAGUACACGCAUUAUGAGAAUUUCCAAAAGAAGUAUAACGAGAUUGAGAAUACCAGUUUGAUUGGGGAGGCCAAGCAGAAGCAGCUGAUGCAGUUGCAGCACGAGCUGCAUGAAGUUAUCCUCCGGAGGGUUAAAAAAGAUGUGGAGAAGUCGCUUCCAAAUAAAGUGGAGCGAAUCCUCCGGGUGGAGUUGUCCCCCAUACAGAUUGAGUUUUACAAAAAUAUUUUAACGAAGAAUUAUGAGCAGCUAGCCAAAGCAUCUGGUGGAGCGAAAAACUCGCUGCAAAAUAUAUGCAUGGAGCUGAAGAAGGUGUGCAACCAUCCCUUUCUCUGUUGUGAGCCGGUGGACAAGGAUGAGUAUAAAGAACGGUUAGUCUACUCAAGUGGAAAGAUCUGCCUGCUGGAGAAGCUCCUCAUCCGGCUGAAGGAGAGGGGAAACCGAGUGCUCAUCUUCUCCCAAAUGGUGAAGAUGCUAAACAUUCUGAGUGAGUAUUUAACCCUACGAGGGUUCAAACAUCAGCGGCUGGAUGGGACCAUGUCCAAGGAAAUGAGAAAGAAAGCCAUGAACCAUUUUAACAGUAAAAAUUCCGACGAUUUUGUAUUCCUCUUGUCGACCAAAGCGGGUGGAUUGGGAAUUAACCUCACGUCAGCUGAUACGGUUAUUAUUUACGAUUCGGAUUGGAAUCCACAGAAUGACUUGCAGGCAGGAGCCAGGGCGCACCGAAUUGGCCAGACGAAGACGGUGCAGAUAUACCGUUUGGUGACGAAGGACUCCAUCGAGCAGACCAUCCUGGAGAGAGCCAAGGUGAAGAUGGUUCUAGAUACGCUGGUCGUCCAAGGUCUCAACAAAAAGCAAAACGAUAACGUCAACUACAUCGGUGGGGAGGGGGGAAACACGUCCAACGGAUUCACCCGGGAGGAACUCUCCAAAAUUUUAAAAUUCGGCGCGCAGAAACUGUGGGAGAAAAACAGCUCCAAAUAUUCCCCCCAAAAAAUGGAUGAGGAGAAGGCAGUUAUUAAAGGGGUUGAUGUAGAUUUGGACAAAAUUCUGGAGGAAGCAGAGGCGCAUGAAAAUGCCAACAAUGCUAACAAAGAUUUGAACUCCGAGCUGAAUAGCCUUCACGGUACGAAUAAUUUAUUCCCUGGUGGGAAUAGCCUCUUUGGAAGUGGAGCAGCCGGGGCCGCACCCAGUGCAGGCGCAGGGGGAGGAGGAAUUGCAGACGAUCUGCUCAGCUCCUAUAACAACAUCACCGAGUUUAAGUACGAACCGCCAGCCAAUUUGAAGAGCAACAUUUAUAAUGAUUCUACUAAGGCAGACGAGUUGGAGGAGGAAGAACAGAAUGAUAAGGACUUCUGGGACCGAACCAUUCCCUUAGAAGAGAGACUCAAAUUGAAGAGGAUGAAGGAGGAAGAGCUGCUAGUGCACGGGCCUAGGAAGACCAGAACGAGGGAAAACCACAGCAGGCACAACUUGUAUGUGGACUCAGGCACCAACACGCAGAUGAUGAAUGAUGAUGAUGAUGACAGUGAGGAGUAUACCAUAAAGUACCACGAAAAGAACAAACAUUUGAAGAAGAAAAGGAAGAGAAGGACCUCCACCCAUAUAACCGAGAAGGAUAAAUUCCGACUGUAUAGGUCUCUCCUAAAGUUUGGGAAUCCGUUCCUACGUCUAGACGAUAUUAGGGUAGAUUCUAAGCUGACCAAGGUAGACAGGAAUGUUAUACUCACCGAAUUGAACAUCAUUGUGGACACUUGCAAAGAAAUCGUGGAGAAGGUUGCCAAGGAGAGCUCCUUGAAGGUGAAUGAGGAGGGGGGAGUCAUCACAACGGAUGCAGUUGAGGGGGCCGCCAUAGAUGUCGCAGCCGGGGUGGAGGAUGAGGAGGAGGAAGAAGAGGAGAGAGCCGUCAAACGGGUGAAGGACGAGGCGGACAUUAAGCUGCUGAAGGAGGAGGAGAAUAAUAACACCGCCACCACCACUGAUAGCAACCAUUUGACCGUCGCCUCGUGCGAGGACGCCGGGGGGAAGAAGUUGGAGGAGGGGUCUCCACUCGGAAGGAAGGGCAGUAUGUCCGUGAAAGUGGGCUCACCUGAAGGCGUUGGCGAGGGGGAGGCGGCGCAGGGGGUAGCGGAGGAGGGAAAAGCCAACUCCGUAGCUGCGCCGAAGGAAUGCGCCAGUGACGAGGGAGGGGCAGCAGGGGGAGGAGCAACCGCGGGAGAGGCACCCAGCGGGGGAGGCCUCUUCUCGAAGCUGCUGAAUAUGGUGAAGGGCCAGGGCGGCGAAGAGAAGGAGGUGAAGGAGGUGAAGGAAGCGAAGGAAGCGAAAGAGGCGGACAAUGAAAACAACUCCAAUGAGGAUAGCGAUGGAAACAAUAAGGCGAAGGGCGUGGAGCGGGGAAGGAAGAUAGACGCGUACACGUUUUACAUUGGCACGAACCGAGCGAACGCCCUGGACCUGUGCCAGCGCCUCCAGUUAUUUAAGAGCCUACACGAGUUUGUGAAGGAGCAGAAUGGAGGAAAUGAGUACAGCUUUAGGCUCCCCCUGAGGGGCAGCAGCGGCAGCGCGAGCACAAACGUGAGCUGCGGCGCUGUGGAGGGGGCGCAGCAGUUGCAGGGCAAAAACGAGUUGGCGCGCGAAGUGAAGGAGGAGGUGAAGGGAGAGGUGAACGAAGAUGUGAAGGAGGAAAUAAAGGAGGAGAUAAAGGCGGACGUGAAGGGAGAAGUGAAGGACGAACUGCACAGCGAAGAGGUGAAGGGAGAACCGGUCGGCGGUGCUGCUCCUGAGGCCCCCGAAGCGCCCGCGGAAACGAAGGGAGAAGCGAGCGACUACCUGAAGCUGAAGCUGCCCGACUACAUUUUUAACCACCUGAGGGACCUCGCGACGAAAGACGUGAAGGCAUGGUCCAAGGAAGACGACGAAAACUUGAUCAAGGGGGUGUACGUCUAUGGGUUCGGAGCGAUAAACGAAAUCUGCGCCGAUGUGCAUCUAAACCUGGGGCACAUAAAAAAUGUAAAGUGCGACAAAGUGAAGGUGAGGUGCGUGAGGAUUUUAAAAAUGAUAGACGAGUUUAACUCCAACGUUAAGGACGAGACGACUAGUAGGAAGCGUAGACGGGCGAGGAACAAGAGCAGGGGCAGCGACGGGGCCAAAGUGGAAGGCAAAGGAGAAGGGAAAGGCGCGGGUGCAGGUGGAGGAACGAGCAGUUACAGGAAGAUGAAACAGGAGGAUGAAGAAAUGGGAGCGGCGGACGGAGUAACCGGGUCCACAGGGGGAACGAAUAGCCUGGCCAAGGGAAGCAGUGGAAGUAAUCACAGGCAAAGCUACUACAGCAGGAGGAGCAGCGAACGGGUCAAGGCCAUCUACAUGCAUGAUGAGAGGGAGGACGGAGUGGUUACGAAGAAGAGGGCCGUCUGCCCCCCAGGGGGGUCCCAAAAGAGGGGCGAAAAGGCAGAAAAGGGGGAGAAGGGUGAAAAGGCGGAAAAAGGAGAAAAGACCGAAAAAGCCGAAAAAGCGGAGAAGGCGGAGGGGGGGGAGAGCGCCCUGCAUGGCGAGCGAAGGAAAGGCGGGACACGCUCGGGGGCAGCCGCCAAAGGUGAAAGGAGUGCCAACCACAGCCACAACGGAGGUGUGGGAAGCAUGGGGACCAUGGGGAGCAUUCGAAGCCUUGGCAGUAUUGGCAGCUUUGGAAGCCUCGGAAGUAAUGCCAUAAAUAAUAGGAAGAGCAGCCACCACGCGGGAGGUGGCGAGAGCUCAGAGUGCGCCUCGUCUAAUGAAAAUAAAAGCUUCGUCAGUAAGGAAGAUGGGGAGAAGCCCGUCAAAGGCAUGGGCGCCGCGGGGGCACCAGAGGGCAGCGCCCCGCGCAGGAGGAGCCACAGAAGUAGUAAUAGUAGUGGCAAAAGGUAUAGCGGUGCCGCUCAAGAGGGUGGGAAAGUGACUCGAAGGAAAAGCUCCCGAGUGAGGAGAGGAAAGAAUGAAGCGUCCGCUCAUCCCACAGGGAAAGGCACCGCAGAGGUUGCCGCAAAUGAGGGUGAAUACUUUGACAGUUACGCUGAUAUGAGCGUUAACCUCGAGGGGGGAGCAGCAGCAGUAGGGCCGCUCGAAGGAGAAGAUAAACAGGGGGAGGACCAGAUGGAUGACCAGAUGGAUGACCAGAUGGAUUGCCAAGGGGAAGGCCAACCGGAUGGCGAGGAGGAAAGGAAGAGAGAAAAAAAAUAUUUAAAAAAAAAAAAAAAAAAAAAAAAAUUAUCCGACGAUGAAGUGCUGCUCAAAAUUCAAAGCUGCAAUUUGAAGGAAAUGAACCAGCACAGCAUGAACAAGCUGGCGAAGAAGUACGUGAAGAAGUACAAGAAGCUGCUGAAGGUGGUGAAGAAAAUCACGCAGCUGGGCGAGCAGGCGGGGGGGGGAGAGCCGGCCGACCAGGGUGCUAGCAGUAGUGCCGCCACAGCUGCCACUCCAGACAAAUGGAAGUCCCCCGAAAUUAAAAAGAAAAUUAGCGAGUUUGUCCUUUUCAUGGGGAACCACAUCAGCAAGCUGGCUGAUGUAUGCCCGGACAAGGAGUGCGGCGAAAUUUUGAGCAGCUCCGGGUGGGAGUAUGUUUCCAAGUUCCUGGGGGAGACGAGCGAGAGCCUCAAGGGGAAGUAUUCGCAAGGGCAACGAGAGCUACUUGCGAAGGAGCCAAGCCAUUUAGAAGAGAGCAAAGAGAGUGAGGAUGGUGGCAACUGCCAGGGGUCCGUCACAGAAGAUGACCUCGCGGCUUUCUUUUUCUCCAAAAGGAUCUCCAGCAUGUGUCGCCUACAAGGGGUGGAAGAAGCAGAAGAGGAAGACGAGGACGAUGAGGAUGAUGAUGAGCAAUCACACGACCAUCCCAAGAGGGGCAAAUCAAUGACGAGCAUCAAUUAUGAGGUGGAGGGCACCACCAGCACGUUCACCCCGAAUGGCAAAACGAGGAGGAACAAUAACUCCACUGGAGACGAGGAUGACAAAUGCGCGAAUGACUCGAAUGGCGACUAUGGGGGUGGCCAGUCAGGAAGCUGA